AUGGAGCAGCGAAUUCUCCACGAGGAACGCUCUGUGUCAGAUGACACACUAUGUCCAGAUGCAUGCAAUUGUCCGCAGCAUCGGAUGAACAACUCUGCUCAAGGUCGAUACGAAGAUUUCCAUGAAGCUUAUUUCCACACAGAACGGGCUAUAGACAAUCUACGAAACCAAUGGGACGACCUGGAGAACGCGCUCUUUACAGAGAGGACUCGUGUUAGUAGACAAGACGACGAACUCGAGAUGCUUAGAGAUGAGAAUUUCAACAUCCGGAGAGAACUCGAAGAACAACAAAUCAUUGCUGCUAUGCAAGACGACGAACUCGACGCGCUUAGAGAUGAGAACUUCAACAUCCGGAGGGAACUCGAAGAACAACAAUUCAUUGCUGCCAUGCAAGACGAAGAAACCGAGACCCUUACAUCUGAGAACGUUAAUGCCUACCAAGCUCUCGAGGAUGACAGAAAUUUGAUUGAUAGAGAGAUGGAAAACGUGGCAACGCUCGGCGGCACAUUGGGACGUCUUGUUGCUGAUCGGGACAAUCGAAUUGCAGCAUUGGAGGAGACAAACCGUGUGCUGUUGACUAGGAUAGAGCAUCACGAGCAACUCAAUUCUCGUUAUAUCAAUAUUGUCCGCGAGCUGUGCGAGCAAUUGAACGAGCAACUCCGGAGGAUACAGGGGCUUUCAGCAGUGUAA